AUGAAUGAAAUAAUUUUGGAAAACCUUAUGUUGGAUAAAAUAUCAGAUAAAGAUAAUAUUUGUGUUAAACCUAUGCAUCAAAUGUAUGCUCAUCAAAUUGAUGGUGUAAGAUUCCUAUUUAAAAAAUGGAAAAACAAGUCAUCAGAUUACUGUGUACUGAGUUUUCCUCCUCAUCAGGGCAAAUCUGUUACAGUCUUAUUAUUUCUUUAUGCUGUCAGAACACAUCUUUCUUAUCCAAUUCUGAUUCUUUGCAAAGAUGAUGAAGAAAUGCUGAAGUGGACAUUAAAUUUAAAAAAAUGGACUCGUUAUAGAGGAGAUGACAUUGCUAUAGACCCCAACAAAGCACUGAUAAAUAAACAAAUAUUUAUAAAAAAAUAUUCAGACGUUUCAAAAUUAGGGCCUUUCUUUAGGCGCACCUGGAGUAUUGUUGUAAUUAAAACUGACGAUUGUGUCUCUCUCCCACUUUUUCAUCGUGUAGAAUUCACAAUAUGGUUAACAUCUUCUGAUCUUAUUAAAAAUGUAAGUUUAUUAAAAAGUAUGCACAACUGGAUCAUGCCAAAGGUUGAAUUUGAAAUGCACACAGAAAUUCUACCAAAAUGGAAAAACGAAAUACUAAAGCAUUCUAUGCUGGAAAGCUUUGUAUUAAUAAGGACUCCUACCUCAUUGAACUGUCAGGAAAAUGUAUCAUCACUUGAAUCAUCUACAGAACGUAAAAGACUUAAAAAUAAAGACGCAACGGGUCUUAAGAUUAAACGCACAAAAAAAACUACUCACGAUAAUAGUCGAGAUGUAACACAUGAAGAAAUGGAUGUUGAAACAUUUAUCAGAAAAGAAAAACCAGUCCGAUCGCUACGAAAAGAAAUUGAUGAAGAAUAUGAUUUUCAUAUUGAAGAUAAUGCCAAUGUAACAAAAAGGGUGGAAGUGUUAAAAAAUAAUGUAAUACAUGUAGAAGUUAUGGAAAGUACCUUACAUGAAAGCCUCAAAGGAACUAAUAACGUUAUUGAAAGUGGUCAUGGUCAAGAGAUAAAUAAAAAUGCCAUAGACUGUGAUACAAAUAAAAUAAUUGAUGAAGAAGUACAAAAUAGCAACUCUGCAGUAGAUAUUGGAUACAGUUGUGAUAUUCUGAAAGAAAACAGUGAAAUGUCUACUGAAAGCAAUAUAAGUGCUAUUAAAAAUGAUGAUCUAAAUUAUGAUUUAGAAGCAGCAACUAACGAUCCAAUCAAAGAGACAAUUAAACAUGACGCAGAAAGCGAUACAAUUGAAAAUAUUCAAGAUGUAUUUAAAGUUCCAGAAGAAAUAGGAAAGUCUGAAGUAGUUACUGAACAUGCACAUGAUAUUCUUCAAGAAAAUUGUGAAAUAUCUGAAAGUAAUACAAGUGACUUAAAACAUGAAAAAUCCAGUGAAUUAGAAGCAAAUGUUGCUUGUACAAAAAAUAAAUCUUUUACUUAUGAUUCAGAUCUAGAUACUAAGCUUAAUGAAAUGCAAGAAAAGGCAAUGAAAAAGUUCAAAGGAUCGUUGCUAGAUAGUAUAUUUUAA